CCGACCUUGGCAGCACCGACCACACAACCGACGCCAGCCCCAGCCGACCAACCUUUGGUCCCGACUGAGGCAGUUCCUCUCCAAACCCCUACUCCACUUCUCACUUUGCCAAUGAGCAGUCGGGCGGAGGACCCGACGAGGAGGCAAACUCUUCCUCCCGUACCGAGGAGUGGUCGGGUCAGGCACCCGACCAGGAGGCAAUCUUUACCCGCAGUGCCUAUAGAACCAACACCUUCACCCAUCGAAUCAGCAGCAGGGGUCUCUUCGGACAGUGAGGGGACAACUUCCCAGAUGGGUCAACUACCAUACAUGGCAUCAGACUCAUCCAUUUCGAAGGAAGGACCAACUGCCCUCGCCGAAGCUGACCCUCAAAACGACAUCCUUGAUGUUGCUGAUCCCGAAAUCGAAGGUGCCCCAGAGAUCCCGGCUGCAGUGGCUCUAGAUGCAGCCGCCCAACCUGCAGCCGCCCAACCAGCAGCGGCGCUCCCUCUAGCCAUCGAGUGGCAGGCAGAAGAACCACCUGCGGCAAUCCAACCUCCAGAAAUGGAAGAAAUGUCUUCGUCCGAAUCGGAGACUUCUGUGAAUUUGGAAGGAUGGUCUUCCAAACUAGAUCUCCUUUUUGAAAUGUCCUGUGAAGAACCUUCUUUCCGUAAGUCCUUGCUCUGA